AUGAAAUAUAUUAUGGUUUGUGGAAGUGUUAUCUCUGGUAUUGGAAAAGGUAUAGUAAGUAGUAGCAUUGGCGUUUUACUAAAGUCAAGAGGGCACAACACUACUCAUUUUAAGAUAGAUCCUUAUUUGAACUACAAUGCUGGGGAGAUCCAUCCACGGGAACAUGGUGAGGUCUAUGUACUUGACGAUGGACAUACAUGCGAUAUGGAUUUUGGAAACUAUGAAAGGUUUAAUAUGUCUGAUCUUUCUAGAAAAAACAGUCUAUCUAGUGGAAGAUUAUUUGAAGAUUUAAUUAAGCGUGAGAAGGAGGGUCAUUUUCUUGGAAAGACAUUACAGAUUAAUCCACAUGCAAUAGACGAUGUUAUCAGAAGAAUUAAGAUGGUGGCGGAGACUCCUGUGGAAGACUUCAAGAGCGGACGUAGGGUCAUCCCAGACGUGGUGAUUAUCGAGCUUGGGGGAACUGUUGGAGAGAGCGAGUCGUCUAUAUACACAGACGCCUUUGCAAAGUUCCAGAGAAUUGUUGGAAGGAGCAACUGUGCAUUUGUGUCUGUAGACCAUCUUGUAGAGCUAGAGAGUGGGGAGCAGAAAACAAAGAGUAUCCAGAUGGGGUGCAGGAACUUCAGGAGAUUCGGGCUCAGCUACGACAUCAUUGUGUGCAGGGGAGUGCGGGACCCCAGCAAGGAGACGCGGGAGAAGAUAUCGAAGAACUGCUGGGUGGAGCCUGGGAAUGUGUUUGGGCUUCCGAAUCUGGAGUCGGUGUAUCUUGUGCCGAAGUUCCUUGAAGAGCACGGAAUGGUUGAGUCGCUGAACAAGGUGCUUGGGAUUUCGUCGAAGGAGGGGGAUCGGGAGAUACUUGAGACGUUUGAACGACUUGUGCAGAAGCACGAGGACACAGUAAGGAUCGGGAUAGUGGGGAAGUACUCGCCGGAGUUUGACAGCUACACGUCUCUUGUGCAUGCAUUGAGGUUCUCUGGGGCGUCUGUGGGGGUGAAUGUUGAGAUUGAAUGGAUCAAUGCAGACUCGUACACCACAGAGGAUCUUGAGAAGUGCAAUGGAAUUAUCAUUCCGGGAGGAUUUGGAGCACGGGGGAUCGAGGGGAAGAUCUCGGCGAUCCGGUAUGCACGGGAAAACAGGAUUCCUCUUCUUGGGAUCUGUCUUGGAUACCAACUAUCGAUUAUCGAGAUGUGCAGGAACGUUCUUGGGAUGAAGGAUGCAUCUUCCGAGGAGUUUAACCCGUCUGGGAAGAACCUUGUUGUCAGGUUUAUCAGCGACAAGAACGGAGUGGUUGAUAAGAAACUGCGAGUUGGGGGAUACGAGGUGGAGCUUGAGGACGGACUUGUGAAGAGGUUGUACUCUGGAGCGGAGAAGAUCCGAGAGAGGCACCGACAUCGGUUCGAGGUUGUUCGAUCCGAGGUUUCCUCACUAUGUUCGUAUGGCCUGAGGUUUGUAGGAUUCAGCGACGAGAGAAGAGCAGCAAAGAUCUUUGAGCUUACAUCGCAUCCGUUUUUUGUCGGAGUACAAUUCCAUCCUGAGUUCACUGCAAGGCCUAACCAGCCGCAUCCACUAAUAACUGGUUUAAUAUCUGCAUCCUGCCGGAAAUUGAAUUAA